AUGAGAGGAAUACAAUCUACAUGUUCCUUGAGGAUAUACAUAUGGAUAUUGCUUUUAUUUUCCUAUUCCCAUAGUGUUUGGUUUGUUACUGGAACUCCCGCAGCUAGGCCUUUCCUAAAAAGAUUUGAGAAUUCAAAGAAUUCCUUGGGAGUUACAUCUGCAGGAACCGGAGUUUUGAGUAAGAAGGGUCCAUGGGAUCUAACAUCUGAAGGCCUGAAUGCAGUUAUCACCGGCGUCCUUGACAAAGAAUUAGCGUCUGUACCUCGGAUAGAUAUACCCACUACCACUGAAGCUAAGAGAAGGCAUGCGACUCCUAUUCUGAUGCGUGAAUCACAGGUGAAAUCAAUUGGUUCAGUUGCGAUUGAUGCUCCGAGCAAGUCUGUAUUGUCUUUGAAUGGCAACCACAAGGAUCUUGAGUCCCUGACUUUGGCUGACAUUCUUAUAGCGACGGAUAUUGAGGGUGGUAUACAUGCGCUCAACAGGCAGAAUGGAGAAGUGCUUUGGUCUAUCUCAAAUGCUAAUUUACCUCCCCUAAUAAAAGUGUCCGAGCCUAGUGCGGUUACUAACGAAUCAUUGAUAGUUGAACCAUAUGCAGAUGGCAAUAUCUACUACUUCAGUACUUAUCAGGGAUUACAAAAGUUACCUGUAUCAAUAAAACAGUUGGUCAGUCUUUCUCCGAUGGAUCUGAAAACCAAGAUUGUGGUCGAUGAACUGGGUACAAUCUUAGAAGACGAAAAAAUAUACACCGGAUCUAGAACAACUGCGGUGUACGCCUUGGAUAUAUUUACGGGCGAAAUAAUAUCCGUAUAUGGUCUUGGUACAGAAAAUAAGGUAUUUGAAACUUCCAAAAUUAAUGACAACAAAAUGUUUAACAAUGAGGAUUUUGAGAACAUCCUAGUGAUCGGCAAAACUACCUUCGAGUUGAGCAUCCACACCAAAGACAAUAUCGUCUACAAUGUCACAUAUGCACAAUGGCAACAUAAUUCCAUUGAUAAUUAUCUAGCCUCAAGAAAUAAUAAGUCUAAAGAUGGGAUUUACGUGGCACCUUUUCGUGAUAGGUCAUUACUAGCUACUAAUGCCGACUUGAAGAUAGCUAAAUGGGUAUCUCCGAAAUUACCAGCAAUCAUAAACAACGUUUUCGAUAUUUAUUUUGAUUAUUCUACAAACGAAAAGAUUUUGCUGCCGCACCCGCUGAAAGCUGUUCAAGAUAGCGAAGAGGAGAAUAUUCAUGUCUACCUAGACCAAACCGAAAACAAUUCUUGGUUUGCCUUAUCCAGUACAUUUUUCCCAUCUUUAGUGGAAUCUGCUCCCAAGUCUAAAUUUAGUAUGAGUGAGAAAUGGAGGCGGGCAGAGAUAUUUGAAAAUAAAGCGUUGUUCAAAGUUGCUGUCGCAGGCGUCCAUGCAUUAGGUCAUUUCCCCAUUGAUAAGAUAUUGAUUAACGACAAAGAAUACAGUCAUAAUUCUUUUAUGGGUCGCAACGGAAGAUUCUUAGACCCGCCUCCUAAAGAUUAUCAACCAAAUAACGGUGUUGAUUCGAAGUCGUUAGAAAAGUAUAUGUCUCCGGAAGAUAUUAGCCGACAUAAAGUUGAACUACAACAAGAAGCUAGCAAUGGUAUAUUGAUCUCGAACAAGAACAGCUUUGCGUCUAUAGUGGCGCAAUUUAUUUAUAGGGUUGUUGAAAGCGGCCUGGUAUUGGUUCUUUCCAUAUUCACGAUUAUAUUAUUGUCAAAUUUCAAACUAAUACCUCCUUUACACAUUCUUUUAGAGCGGGGAGGUGUCAUUCCAAAACAAAACUUACCCACACCGCUUGUUGAAAUUUCAGAAGUUAAAAAGAAGAGUGAGCAACAAGAAUCCACUGAGCAAGAAAAGGAAAAGUCAAGCAGUGAAGAAGCUAAAGGGACAGAUAUUGAAAAAUCUGAUGAGCAGGUAGAAGAUGAAACGAAGGAAACUGAAAAGAAGAAGAGGAAACGCGGUAAAAGAGGUGGAAAGCAUAACAAAAAGAAAGUGGCAGUAAAUGAAAACCAGCAGGCUGUUAAAAAUUUUGAAUAUGAAAAUGAUUUAAAGCAUUUAACUAUUUCUGAUAAAAUAUUAGGCUAUGGUUCUUCAGGCACUGUAGUAUUCCAGGGAAAUUUUCAACAUAGAGCGGUAGCUGUAAAGAGGAUGUUAAUAGAUUUUUACGACGUUGCUUCCCACGAGAUUAAAUUACUAGCUGAGAGUGAUGAUCAUCCAAAUGUGGUUCGGUAUUAUUGUUCCGAAGUUACUGAAAGGUUUCUGUAUAUUGCACUUGAAUUGUGUACAGCUACACUGGAAGAUAUCAUUGAACUAAAAAAAGAUUCUCCAAAGUAUUUUGAAUUGCAGAAGAGGGCAAAUCCCAUUGAUGUGUUGCAUCAAAUUGCGUUAGGAAUCUCUCAUUUGCACAUCAUGAAAAUUGUUCACAGGGAUUUAAAACCGCAAAACAUUCUAGUUGCACCUAGUAAGAGCUAUAAUCAUCAUACCGAUGAUCGAAAUAUGAUUAGGAUACUGAUUUCAGAUUUUGGACUCUGUAAAAAACUAGAAGCAGAGGAAUCAUCCUUUAAGACGAAUAUUAAUAAUGCCGCUGGAACUAGUGGCUGGAGGGCUCCUGAACUAUUAAGUGGUAAAAUAUCUCUACUAGAUACGAUCGAAAGCGAAGAAUCAAUUAAUCAAUCUACAAAUAAAAAUAAUCAAUCUUCCGAACCGCUUGUUUAUGAUCCAGUAAGCAAAAAGCGUUUAACGAGGGCAAUUGAUAUUUUUUCUCUAGGCUGUGUAUUUUAUUAUGUUUUGUCAAAAGGAAGACAUCCCUUCGGAGAAAGAUUUAUGAGAGAAGGGAACAUUAUCAAGGGUGAUUAUUGUCUAGAUGGUUUAAGCAAAUAUAUCAAGGAUAGGUGUUUGGUAAUCGAAGCCAAGGAUCUGAUAGCACAAAUGAUUCAGUCAGACCCAUUAAAGAGACCUGUAGCUCAGGUAGUUUUAAAGCAUCCAUUGUUUUGGUCCGUACCAAGAAAAUUAGAAUUCCUAUUGAAAGUCAGCGAUCGAUUUGAGAUUGAAAGAAGAGAUCCACCAAGUGCUUUAUUGUUGAAACUUGAGGCCUCUUCGACCAAAGUACUUCCGUACAAGGACUGGACAAUAAAAUUUGAUCAACUCUUUAUGGAUAAUCUAGGAAAAUAUAGAAAGUAUAAUGGUGAGAAGUUAAUGGAUCUAUUAAGAGCUUUAAGAAACAAAUACCAUCAUUUUCAUGAUCUACCUGAGGAACUUUGUGACCUCAUGAGCCCUAUACCGGAUGGAUUCUAUACGUAUUUCAUUAAAAGAUUCCCUAAUCUUCUGAUGGAAAUAUACUAUGUUGUGAAGGACAACUUGAAAGACGACCAAAUUUUGGGAGACUUUAUAUAA